AUGGCUGCUGUAUUUUCAAGAUCAUGUUUCAAAUGUGGUGAGUUGGGCCACGUUGCUGACGACUGUACUCAAGAGGAAAGAUUGUGCUACAACUGUCGUAAGCCAGGCCACGAGUCAGGCGACUGCCCCGAGCCAAAGCAAACCAACUCGAAGCAAUGUUACUCCUGCGGCGAAGUUGGCCACAUUCAGUCUGAAUGCCCCAACCAGGCUCAAGGUGCCAAGUGUUACAACUGUGGCCAGUUUGGCCACAUUUCCAAAAACUGCACCAACGAGUCUAACGGCCAACCCAACGCUCCGCCUCCUCAGGCUAGAAAGUUUGGCGGUGCAAGAGGCGGCAGCGGUUCGGCUGUCGGCACCACAUGUUACAAAUGCGGUGGUCCAAACCAUUUUGCUAGAGAUUGUCAAGCUGGCAACGUCAAGUGUUAUGCUUGUGGCAAGCCAGGCCACAUUUCAAAAGACUGCAACUCACCUUCCGGUCCCGCUGCAAACGCCGGUUCUAAAACUUGUUACAACUGUGGAAAGUCCGGUCACAUUUCAAGAGAAUGUACCGCUUAA